AUGGACCACUCACAAAUAACAACUAUUGAAGACAUUGACAUAAGUGAAAGUUUGGUAUCUUUUGACGAUGUUGUUGAUUUGGAGAAAGACAUUGAUGAAUUUGGAGGAGAUGAUCAGUGCGAAAUCAUGGAAGACAAAGAUGGUGAUUGUAGGGAAUAUAAUGUACAUGAAAUUGUGGGAGAUGAUGAUAGUGAAUUUAGUGAAACCCCUAUUUUGGGUAGAGUCUUUAAGACAGCAGAAGAAGCUUAUGAUUUUUAUAAUGAUUAUGCAGAAGGUAAGGGGUUUGGGAUACGUAAGCACUACUAUAGCAAGAAUACGAAAACACAACAACUAUAUAGGUGGAGAUAUGUGUGCUCAAAGCAAGGUGUCGAGAGACUAAAUGAAAAAAGAGUUGAUGUUCAUAAUGUCAAAAGGCGAAGGGAUACAAGGACUAAUUGCUUAGCCAUGUUCCAAAUAAAGUUAGUAGAUGAAUCAUGGAUCGUUGAGAAUUUCAAUGAUACACACAAUCAUCCAUUGAUUAACACUCCUACAAAGGUGAAGAAGCUUACUUCUCAUAAUGAUUUACGACGCUCAGAGUAUACUAAAUCUAUUGUUUGUAAGCUUUAUCAAGAGGGUUUAACAUCUUCAAAAAUUUCAAAGGUGGUGAACGCUAUGGACAAAGAAGUUAAUAUUACCCCAGUUCAAAUUAGCACUAUUAUAUCAGGCCAAAGAAAGAAUAAUGUAGGGCGAGAAAGUCAAGGCAUCAUCAAACACUUUCAAAGGAAGUCUUCUCUUGAUGGAGCUUUUUAUUUUGAUAUGCAUCUGGCAGAGGAUGGCACAUUAAGAAGCGUCUUUUGGGCGGAUGGUAGGUCGAGAGCUUCUUAUGCUCAAUUUGGCAAAGUCCUUGUGUUUGAUGUGACUUACAAAAUAAAUAAGUCCAAGUUUCUUUUUGCCCCUUUUGUGGGGGUUAAUCACCAUGAGCAAUCAACUUUAUUUGCUGCCGCUUUGUUAGAAGAUGAAACAGAGGCAACAUUUAAAUGGUUAUUUGAACAGUUUCGAACAUGUAUGUUUAACAAGUCUCUGGUUGCUAUUAUCACUGAUCAAGACAAAGCUAUGGGAAAAACAAUUGCUAAGAUAUUUCCAGAAGCACGACACCAUUUUUGUGCGUGGCACAUCAAAAAACAUGUUAUGGAGCAUAGUCAAGCACUGCGAACACAAUUUAAAGAUAGUUUUGAUGUUGACUUUCGUGAGUGGUAUAAAAGUCGAAGCUUUCAUGAAUCUGAAAGCAAGUGGGAAGCAAUGAGGACUAAAUAUGAUAUUAAAGCAGGUAGUUGGUUGGAAAACAUGUAUAAUUCACGUCACCAUUGGGCAAAGGCAUACUUGAAAGAUACUUUUUUGCCGGAAUGA